AUGACGACGAACGAAGAGCUUGAUGUGAAGAGAUCUCAUCAGAUCAAAAAGAUAAAAAACGAAAAAGCGACAAACAACACACACACGCCACAUAACAAAACAGAAAUUUAUACGAGCAUAUCCAAAAGAGAGAAGACACUACUCAACGCGGUAAUGUUGUCAUCAACAAUAACAACAACAUCGAAAGCAUCAUCAUCGUUCUUGGUUCAAAAUGGAUUCGCGACAAACACUCGAGCGUCAUCUUCGUCCCGUCGAUGCCCCCCCGGUUUAGCAAAGAAAAUGAUUACUACUACUAAUAAUACUAUCAAAGCGAUGGCAUCGUCAUCGUCGUCGUCGUCGUCUUCAUCAUCAUCGAACGAGAGUAACGACGAGAACAACGAAACGAACGCGUUCCGACUUUCGGGCAUCGCGCUGCUACCGAUUAGCCUUGCAAAUUUAUUCAACACGCCAGAGACGUUGACGACGUUUUUAGAUUUCAAAGACGCGGAACAGUUUCCAGACUUUACGACCGUGGAGACGUUAACGCACUGGUCAAAUUUAUUCGGUUCGGAUGCGUUUUCGUUAAUCACCUUGUGCUCGUGUUACGUGUUAGCAGACGCCGCGGAGAACAAUCGCUUGAAUUCCCAAACGUACCAGCGACUCGCAGUCGGUAACGUUUUAGUCUUAGCGUCCGUUAUUGGCGCUUUAGCAUUGACCCAAGUCGUAGGCGAAGCGCCUCGACCAAACGCGUCGGCCAUCGUGACAUUCACCGGAUUAUCUUUGCCGUGUUUGUUUGCAUCGGUCGGUGCAAUCAACACGCACGGGGGUGGGUUUGCUGGAGUUUCAGAUUUGUUCGCAAAAGAUUGGGACGAUUUGAAGGACUUCUCCAAUAAAGACGCGUCGUACUUAUCGCGAUAUUAUAAGCUCAGUUUCUUUACGACUUUGAUCGUCGGCGGCGCGUUUGCGUUCUCACCGACUUCUCCCUUAAGUGCUAUCAACGAACCAUACGCGAGCGCGGAGUUCAUUAGAAGAUUGUUUGGUCUAGGCGCGGUUUUUGGGUUAGCGCCAGCGCAGUUUGUCUUAUUAGACGCGAGUAAACGAAACAGAUUAGGAGGAGGCACGUUCAAGAAACUGAAUUUAUCCAUCGCCGCGUCGAUUUUUCUCAUUGACUUUAUGACGGUGUGGGGCUUUGGGAAGAUUGCUGAAAUCGCGACUCCGGAUCAAAUACAGGUUUUGAACGAGGCGAGCGCGACUGGAGGGAUUUCUCAAAUUUAUAACUACGUAGGCGCGAUUUCGGUUUCCUUGGCCAUCGCUGGUGUAUAUCUUUAUCAGGGAUUGUUUGCGAAGAAAUAA